AAUUAAAUACCCAGCCAUACCUUGUGAUCUCCGUGCACGAAAUUUUAAUUAAACAUAUACCAACUCUGAAUUUUAUAUUAAGCUGUAGCAUAUGUCUAUGUUUUUCAUCAUCACUUGUUUGUUUUACCUCAAAUUAGUUCCUCCAUUAAUUCUUUGGCUGCUAGAUAUUGAUCUGGUGUUCUUAUGACUAUCACUAAGGUCUACAUAGUGUAUUACUCCUUGUAUGGACAUGUGGAGAUCAUGGCAAGAGAGAUACAAAGAGGCGCUAAUUCUGUUCCAGGUGUAGAAGCUAAGCUGUGGAAGGUGGCCGAGACACUGCCUGAGCGGGUUUUAGAGAAGAUGAAGGCUCCUGAAAAACCCGAUGAUGUGCCUGAGAUAAGGCCUGAACAGUUAGUCGAGGCUGAUGGCUUUAUCUUUGGUUUUCCAUCUCGUUUUGGGGUAAUGGCGGCACAGUUCAAGGCCUUCUUUGACGCCACACAUGAGAUAUGGGCUAGUCAGGCACUUGCUGGAAAGCCUGCCGGAAUCUUUUGGAGCACCGGCUUCCAUGGGGGUGGUCAGGAACUUACUGCAUUGACAGCAAUAACACAGUUAGCACAUCAUGGCAUGGUUUUUGUUCCAUUGGGAUAUACCUUUGGAAGUGGCAUGUUUGAGAUGAAUGAGGUGAAGGGUGGAUCCUCUUACGGUUCAGGCACUUACGCAGCAGAUGGAUCUCGUCACCCCACGAACCUUGAACUUCAGCAAGCCUUCCAUCAGGGUAAGUAUGUUGCUGAAAUUACUACCAAGCUCAAGACCAGUAUUUAAGUCCCCUCCAAUAAUAAUUCACUUGCGAUAUGUUUGGUUCAAGAACGGGAGAGGAUUAGGCCAAAGAACUCGCAAUUGUUCGCGUGCUAAGUUUCUUUAAUCUUGUCCAGUUCGUGGGGGAUGUGAAGCUACACUAUGUAUAGAUAUCUUUAAGAAAUCUGCUUCAACACACUUUGACAUUUGAAAUAAACAGAAAGCAGUGCAAGAUAAUUGAACUUUCUAGGCAUUGCUGAGCAUAAACUCAACUGUGAAUUGCUAUCCAAAUUUGGGGCAUAUUUGCUGUUGGGACCAAUGAAGACAACGCAAGAAUUGAGAUUU